GGGUCGCGCUUGGGUCGUGUUUUUGCUGCGGAACCAUCGAGCAACAUCUUCACAGAUGCACGGAGUGGAAUAAGUGGGACACGUUAAACAAUAAUACCAACAAUAUGAAAAGCAGGUUUAGGAUCAUGGUGUGAGCAGAUAAACCAUUAUGGCCAUCCGCCGUGUGCCACUAGUCUUGUUAGCCUGUGGCUCCUUUAAUCCCAUCACCCACCAGCACAUGAGGCUCUUUGAGUUGGCCAGAGACCACAUGAACAACACAGGCCAGUACCAGGUGGUGGGUGGCAUCGUGUCUCCAGUGAGUGACUGCUAUGGAAAGCAAGGCCUAGUAGAGGCUAAGCACCGCAUUGCUAUGGCGAGGCUAGCGCUCCAGAGCUCCAACUGGGUCACCGUUGAUGAAUGGGAGAGCCAGCAGCCAGACUGGACCGAGACUGUGGUUACCAUGAGGCAUCAUUAUAGUCGCAUUCUGAAGCAGUAUGAGCAAAGCCCAGGAACAAACAGCAGCUCCACUGGAUGCAUCACUUCCCCCUCAAACCCCCCUCCGCAGCUGAAACUCCUCUGCGGGGCUGAUGUUCUGGACACCUUCAAGGUCCCCGACCUGUGGCGGGACGACCACGUGGAGGAGGUGGCGGGGCGCUUCGGCCUCGUCUGCGUCAGUCGCGGCGGGCUGCGUCCCGAGCGGGCCGUGCACGAGUCGGAGCUGCUCUUCCGCCACAGGCACAAUAUCUUCCAGGUGAGGGAAUGGGUGAGGAACGACAUUAGCGCCACGGAGGUGCGGCGGGCCCUGAGACGGGGCCUGAGCGUAAAAUACCUGAUCCCGGACUCGGUGAUCCAGUACAUCCACCAGCACAACCUCUACACGGAAAACAGCGAGAGGAAAAACGAGGGCAAGGCUCUGAGGCCACUGACCAGGCAGGGGUGGCAGCCAGCCAAGAACUCAGAUGGAAAACCCGCAGACGCCCACAUGCCCUUGGACCUGAGCGGAUACUGGAAAAUGACCUCCAACGAAAACUUCGAGGAGUUCAUGAAGGCUCUCGGUGCGUUUGUUGGCGGCUUUACGGAUGGAGAUGACGCGCUGGCCCAUAUAAACAUUGCCAUCAGGAAAAUCGCCAGGCUGCUGAGGCCCGACAAGGAAAUCAUCCAGAACGGGGACCACAUGGUCAUCAAGACCCUCAGCACCUUCAGGAACUACAACAUGGAGUUCGACUUGGGCAAGGAGUUCUUCGAGGACCUGGCGGCAGUGGACGGCAGGAAGUGCAUGACAACUAUCAACUGGGAGGGGGACAAGCUGGUGUGUGUGCAGAAGGGGGAGAUCGAGGGACGAGGCUGGACCCACUGGAUGGAGGGAGAUCAGCUUUAUUUGCCUGUUGCCUUACUCUGCAAGGCCAAGUCAAUAGAGAUGCUGUACAGCAAGGGAAAGGAAAGCGAGCUCCUAAUGCUCCAGGAGCGUCCGCACCCUCCCGGCCUCCACACGUGGGCUGUGUUUGUGCACGGCCCGGUCUCUGAGACGACGCCCUGCACCCUCCCCCUCCUCACACUGUGUAACAUUUACACACAACAGUCACCAGCUGCCAACAUGCCUGCAGACUUCAGUGGAAAAUGGAUACUGGAAACCAAUCAGAAAUUUGAGGAUUAUUUGAAAGCAUUGAACAUAGACUUUGCAACAAGAAAAAUCGCCAUCUCGUUGUCUCUGGCUAAAGUGGUCGUCCAAAAUGCUGACGAGUUUAACUUCAAAACACUGAGCACGUUUAGGAAUUAUAACCUCGCCUUCACUGUAGGUGUGGAGUUCGAUGAGUACACCAAGGGCCUGGACAACAGAAACGUCAAGAGUCUGGUGACCUGGGAGGGUGAAAAGCUAGUGUGCACUCAGAAAGGUGAAAAGUCCAACCGUGGCUGGAAACACUGGCUCGAAGGAGACAAACUCUAUCUGGAGCUGACAUGUGAAGAUGCAGUUUGCCUUCAGGUGUUCAAAAGAAAAGAGUGACAGGCAAGCAUUUGUUUUUGUUUUACUGUGUUAACAAUGGUUGGUUUCCUAAUAAAAUGUUUUCUCUUAACUUAUGAAUAUGAAUGUAUAAUAAAAAUGAUUUCCAGAUA